CCCCUCCCUAAUUCUCUCUCUCCCUUCCCGCCUCUUCCGCCCCCUCCUCUCCCCUCACGACAAUCUAACCGCUCCGCACGGAGUCUCCCACACACAUGGUGGACACCGCCCACCUCGAGUCCCUCGAGGGCCAGGACAACGUGCCCGAGCUCCCGACGCCCACCCAGAUCGCCGCAGGCCACGCCGCGUUCAACGGCAGCCCCGAAGAGCAACAUCAGCGCUCGCCCAGCCUCGCGCACUCCGACGCGCCGUCCGCCUUCGGGCACCCGCUCGCGCGCACACAGAGCGCCGCGUCGCACGUCGACAUCGGCCACUUCGACCCGCAGGGCGUCGAGCAGCUCCGCCGCACCCUGUCAAGACAGUCGCAGGCGCACGCGGACGAGCUCCGGCGCACGCGCACGAACCGCACCGUCGACGAGAAGAAGAGCGCGCGCCCCCCCAGCCCGAGCCCGAGCUCCGACGAGAGCACGCUCGCGGGCCCCAUCGACGGCGCCGGGUUCGACUUUGAGAAGGCCCUCCGGGGCGUCAUCAAGAAGCUGAACGAGUCAGACAUCAAGCGCAGAGAGCUCGGCGUCGUGUUCGAGGACCUGCGCGUCGUCGGCGUCGGCGCCGCGGCGUCCUACCAGCCGACGUUCGGCUCGAUCCUCAACCCGCUCAACAUGCUCCAGGGCAUCCGCGCGCAGAUGCACCCCGCCACGCGCGACAUCCUCUCCGGCUUCGACGGCGUCGUGCGCCCCGGCGAGAUGCUCCUCGUGCUCGGGCGCCCCGGCUCGGGGUGCAGCACGCUGCUGAAGACGCUCGCGAACCAGCGCGCGGAGUACCACGCCGUCGAGGGCACGGUCGCGUACGACUCGCUCACGCCCGACGAGGUCGAGCGGCACUACCGCGGGGACGUGCAGUACUGCCCCGAGGACGACGUGCACUUCCCGACGCUCACCGUCGACCAGACGCUGCGCUUCGCCGCGACGACGCGCACCCCGCGCGCGCGCCUGCCCGGGGCGUCGCGCGAGGACCAUGUGUCGCGCACGGUCGAGGUGCUCGAGACGGUGUUUGGGCUGCGGCAUGUGAAGGAUACGCUUGUGGGCGAUGCCUCUGUAAGGGGUGUGUCUGGUGGUGAGAAGAAGCGGGUGUCGAUUAGCGAGGCGCUCGCAGCUCGCAGUCUCUUGAACUCGUGGGACAACUCCACCCGUGGUCUUGAUGCGUCGACGGCGCUCGAGUUCGUGCAGGCGCUGCGGAUCGCGACGGACAUCGCGCGGCAGUCGACGAUCGUGGCCAUCUACCAGGCCGGCGAGUCGCUGUACCAGCACUUUGACAAGGUCUGCGUGAUCUACGAGGGCCGGCAGGUGUUCUUCGGCCCCGCCGACAAGGCGCGCCAGUACUUCAUCGACAUGGGCUACGAGCCCGCGAACCGGCAGACCACCGCCGACUUCCUCGUCGCCGUGACCGACCCGAACGGCCGCAUCGUGCGCCCCGGGUUCGAGGCGCGCGUGCCGCGCACGGCUGCCGAGUUCGCAGAGCACUACAAGCGCUCCGCGUUCGCGCGCGAGAACCGCGCGGACAUGGACGCGUACCGCGCCGCGUUCGUGGGCAAGCCCGAGCGCGCGGACGCGUACCGCGCGAGCGUCAAGGCGGAGCACGCGCGGCACGCGAGCAAGAAGAGCCCGUACAUCGCGAGCAUCCCGAUGCAGGCGCGCGCGCUCAUGACGCGCCGCGUGCAGAUCAUCCGUGGGGGCGCGGCCGCGCAGGUCAUCCAGCUCUUCUCCUUUGUCUUGCAGGGCAUCAUCGUCGGCACGGUCUUUUUGAGGCUCAAGAACGAGACGACGACGUUCUUCAGCAGGGGCGGCGUGCUCUUCUUCGCGCUGCUGUUCAGCGCGCUGUCGACGAUGGCGGAGAUCCCCGCGCUGUUCUCGCAGCGGCCGAUCGUGCACAGGCAGAGCCGCGCGGCGAUGUACCACCCGUUCGUCGAGGGCCUCGCGCUCACGCUCGUGGACGUGCCGAUCACGUUCCUCACGAUGGUCGUGUUCGCGAUCCUCAUCUACUUCUUGGUCGGCCUCGAGCAGAGCGCUGCGCAGUUCUUCAUCUUCCUGCUGUUCACGUUCGGGAUGACGAUCACGAUGAAGGCGUGGUUCCGCUCGCUCGCGGCGCUGUUCAAGAGCGCCGCGCCCGCGCAGGCCAUCGCCGGUCUCACCACCCUCAUCCUCGUCCUCUACACCGGCUACAGCAUCCCGCAGCCGUACAUGAUCGGCGCGCUGCGCUGGAUCACAUAUAUCAACCCGCUGAAGUACGGCUUCGAGGCGCUGAUGGUGAACGAGUUCCACACGGUGCACGCGGACUGCUCGGUGCUCGUGCCGCAGGGCGCGGGCUACGAGAACGUCGGGCUCGCGAACCAGGUGUGCACGACCGUUGGGUCGGUGCCUGGGCAGCUCACGGUCUCGGGCAUGGACUACGUCACGCUGUCCUACGGCUACACGUACGCCCACCUCUGGCGGAACUUCGGCGUGCUCUGCGCAUUCGGCAUCGGCUUCAUCGCGAUCCUGCUCGCGCUCACGGAGAACAACACGAGCAUCGCGGGCGAGACCGCGGUGAUGCUCUUCAAGCGCGGCACGAAGACGGACAUCGUCGAGGACGCCGCGGCCGACGAGGAGAAGGGCAGCGGCGGCGCCGCGCCGAGCAUCGGCACGCACCACGACGCGGAGGCGCAGGCGAUCAAGGAGGCGACGCACACCGUCACGGACGUGUUCUCGUUCCAGCACCUCAACUACGUCGUCCCCGUCGGCCACGGCCACACGCGCCGCCUGCUCGACGACGUCUCCGGGUACGCCCCGCCCGGGAAGCUCACCGCGCUCAUGGGCGAGUCGGGCGCCGGCAAGACGACGCUCCUGAACGUCCUGGCCGAGCGCACGACUGGCGGCGUGGUCACGGGCGAACGGCUGAUGAAUGGCCACCCGCUCCCGGCGGACUUCCAGGCGCACACGGGCUACUGCCAGCAGAUGGACACGCACCUGCCGACGAACAGCGUGCGCGAGGCGCUGCUGUUCUCCGCGUGCCUCCGCCAGCCGCAGUCGGUGCCCCUUGAGGAGAAGAAGGCGUACGUCGAGAAGGUGCUGCAGAUGUGCGGGCUCGCGAACUACGCGGACGCCAUCGUCGGCUCCCUGGGCGUCGAGCACCGCAAGCGGACCACCAUCGCCGUCGAGCUCGUCGCGAAGCCGUCCCUCAUCUUCCUCGACGAACCGACCUCCGGCCUCGACUCGCAAAGCGCCUGGGCGAUCACCAGCUUCCUGCGCGACCUCGCGGACAACGGGCAGGCGAUCGUGUGCACGAUCCACCAGCCGUCCGCGGAGCUCUUCCAGGUGUUCGACCGGCUGCUGCUCCUCCGCAAGGGCGGGCAGACCGUGUACUUCGGCGACAUCGGCCCGCGCGCGACGACGCUCAUCAGCUACUUCGAGCGCAACGGCGCGCGCAAGUGCGAGGACAGCGAGAACCCGGCCGAGUACAUCCUCGAUGCGAUAGGAGCCGGCGCGACCGCGACGACGGACGUGGAGUGGUACGAGGCGUGGAAGAAGAGCGCGGAGGCGGCGGAGUCCGCCGCGGCGCUCGAGCGCAUCCACGCGGAGGGCCGCAGCAAGCCCGCGGUGCAGGCGACGCUUACGAACACGUUCCCGACGACGUGGGCGUACCAGCUGUGCACGCUGCUCCUGCGCGACGCGCAGGCGCACUGGCGCGACCCGACGUACCUCAUGGCGAAGGUCGGCUUGAACAUCGCGUCCGCGCUCCUCAUCGGCUUCACAUUCUUCCACGCGAAGACGACCAUUCAGGGUACCCAGAACCACCUCUUCGCGAUCUUCAUGUCGACCAUCAUCAGUGUCCCGCUCUCCAACCAGCUCCAGGUCGCGUUCAUCGAGAUGCGCAACGUCUUCGAGGUCCGCGAGCGCCACUCCCGCAUGUACAGCUGGUCCGCGCUCGUCACGUCGCAGAUCCUCAUCGAGAUCCCGUGGAACAUCCUCGGCUCGUCGCUCUACUUCCUGUGCUGGUACUGGACCGUCGGCUUCCCGACCGACCGCGCCGGCUUCACGUACUUCAUGAUGGGCGUGUGGUUCCCGCUGUACUACACCACGAUCGGCCAGGCCGUCGCGUCCAUGUCGCCGAACGCGGAGAUCGCGGCGCUGCUCUUCUCCUUCCUGUUCUCGUUCGUGCUCACCUUCGACGGUGUCAUCCAGCCUUACCGCGCCCUCGGGUGGUGGCAGUGGAUGUACCGCCUGUCGCCGUACACCUACCUCAUCGAGGCGCUCCUCGGCCAAGCGCUUGGGAAACAAGACAUCCAUUGCUCCGAUAUCGAACUCGUCACGAUCCAGCCGCCCUCGGGCCAGACGUGCUCGCAGUACAUGGGCCCGUACAUCGCGAACGCCGGCGGGUACCUCAGCAACCCCGACGCGACCAGCGGCUGCGGCUACUGCUCGUUCGCCACCACCGAUGCGUUCCUCGAACAGAGCUUCAACAUCUUCUACUCGCACCACUGGCGCGACCUCGGCAUCUUCGUCGCCUUCAUUUUCUUCAACAUUGCUUGCAUCUACUCGUUCACGUACUUCUUCCGCGUGCGCACCGGCAGCCUCUUCGGCUCGCUGAAGAGCCGCAUCGCCGCGCGCCGCGCCAAGUCGUCAUAAUGGACUCUGCCCCGACCCUCGUUCCCGUUCCCUGUCCAUUUCACGCUUCCAUACUGCUACUAGAAUCCACAUCGCAUCUACCGUCCAUCUACCCCUACCCCUUACCCCUUACCCCUACUAGAUUAGACUAUGAAAUCCCACUAGUCGAUCCGCAUGCUGCCUGCUCCUGCUCCAUCUCACGACUCGCUCAAGAACUGAACCGGGGGGGCUGAACGUCAAAGAAGAGGUCAUUUAUUCC